AUGGCGAGCGACGGGCAAAAAGUCGUGCUGAUCACUGGCUGCUCCUCGGGGAUCGGUCUGAGGCUCGCUGUGCAACUCGCUAGCGACCCACUGAAGCGAUUUCACGUUAUCGCGACAAUGAGGAACUUGAGUAAAAAAGGGAAGUUGGAAGAGGCGGCUGGAGCGACGCUGAACAAAACAUUACACAUCGCACAGCUGGACGUCUGCUAUGAUGAGUCUGUGACCCAGUGUCUCAGCAGCAUUCAAGCCGGGCGAGUCGAUAUCGUGGUCAACAACGCAGGGGUUGGAAAGAUAGGACCAGUGGAAAGCCUGAGCAUCGAGGAAAUGAAAACUAUCUUUGAAACAAAUUUUUUUGGGGUUGUUCGUAUGAUCAAAGCUCUGCUGCCCGACAUGAAGAAAAGGCAAAGUGGCCACAUUGUCGUGAUGAGCAGUGUCAUAGGUCUGCAAGGAGUGGUAUUUAAUGACGUGUACGCUGCCUCCAAAUUUGCCAUCGAGGGAUUCUGUGAGAGCCUUGCGGUUCAACUUCUGAAAUUCAAUAUCUACGUGUCAAUGAUUGAACCAGGUCCGGUCAACACAGAAUUCGAGAUGAAGCUGAUGGAGGAGGUGUCUCAAUCAGAGUUCCCGGGAGCAGACCCAGUGACCGUCCAGUAUUUUAAGGACGUCUAUCUUCCUGCUUCCCACGACAUCUUUAUGACAAUGGGUCAGACUCCGGACGCUAUUGCACAGGCAACUAUGAAAGUGAUCAGCAUGGAGAGGCCAGUUUUUCGUUACCAAACGAAUGUACUCUACACACCUCUGAUAGCAAUGAAAUAUGCGGACAACACAGGAAACCUGUCCGUGCGUACGUUUUAUAAUUUGCUCUUUAACCACGGGACCAUGUUCAAAAUUAGUUUAACUCUCCUCAGGAUCAUAACUUGCAAUUGCUUUCGCAGCGGUGAGAUUUCACCGAACUGACCGAUAAGGUUCAACAGCCAAAAUCAACCACAACGGCAACAGAGUGGUUUCCCCCACACAAUAUACAGUCACUACACUCCACAGUAUAUUCUGUGUGUGG